GGAAGCUACGAAAAACACCGGCAAGCGUGUAAGGAGCGCUGAGCGAGUUUCGCGCGAUCUCGUACAUCCGUUCCCGCAACCACCGUGAGGGAUGAUUCGGAAGUUGGCUCUCGGCACCGCGGCCGGGACCGGCGUUGCCGGGGCUCUGUACUACACCCAAACGCAGCGACAACCGCCACCUCCGAUCACAGAACCGAAAAAACGGCUGCCGAAGUACGAACUGCCAACGAAAGUCAAAUACUUAUUGAUAGGUGGCGGCGCUUCGUCCUUCGGCGCCUGCAGAGGGAUCCGAGCUGUGGAUCCCAAGGCUCAAGUGCUCAUUGUUGGUCGAGAAGAUUACCUGCCCUACAUGAAAGCUCCCCUCUCCAAGGAAAUGUGGAAAAGUGGUGCCGAUAAGGAUCGAUUACUUUUUAAGCAAUGGAAUGGGGAUUACCGAAGUAUAUUAUUCGAGAAGCCCGACUACUUCGCAAACCUCGACUCUCUCAAGCAGCCGGACGAAAGACGUGUAGCCUUCGUUGGUGGUCUGAGUGCGGUAAAGGUUGACCCUGUGGAGCAAAAAGUAUUCUUCGACGAUGGAAGCUCGAUUAGCUACGAACAAUGCCUCAUCACGUCCGGAACCGAAGCGAGAAUGCAUCCCAAGCUGGCAAACUUACCCGGAAUCGAAAAGCAUCUCCUCACUGUAACAAGCGUCGAGGAUUUCAAGAAGCUCCAGCAGUCAGCUUGCGAAGACGAAUCGAUAGCUGUACUCGGCAGUGGUACCGUCGCCUCAGAGUUAGCCUACAGUAUGUCUGAUUUCGCAAAACGUUCCAACGCCAAACUUAAAGUUACUCAAAUUUUCCCUGAGGCCGGUAAUCUCAGCUCGAUGGUGCCGGAGUACCUCGCGAAAUGGCUGACGAAGCAGCUGAUCUCCGAAGGAAUAAAUGUCAUCGCGAAAGCGGAUAUCGCAAGCGCAGAAAUCGUAGCGAAAAAAUUACAUCUCCAUCUCACCUCCGGACAGCGGAUAGUUGUGGAUAAAGUGGUUCUGGCCGACGAUCUCCGACCGGAUGUCAAAUUGGCGAAAGCCUCCGGUUUGGAAAUUGAUCCGCAGAAUGGCGGAAUUGUCGUGAACUCUGAGUUGGCGGCUCGCUCCAACCUUUACGUGGCAGGUGACGCGAGCUCGUUCUUCGAUCCUCGGCUCGGCCGUCGGCGAUUCGAGGGACACGAACACGCCGUCUCCACGGGAACGUUGGCUGGCAGGAACAUGGCCGGCGCGAGGAAACCGUUCAGUAAACAAACGCUCAUGUGGUCGGAUAUCGGAGAGAUUGUGAAUCUCGAAGGCAUCGGCCUGCUCGACCCUAGUCUGAAAACCGUCUCAGCCUUCUUCCCCGACAGUCCUGAAGAGAACACGGACUUCGAGGGGAAGAUAACGAAAGGCGUCGUGUUCUAUAAGAACGACGCCGAUGUCGUCGUCGGAAUCCUUCUCUGUAACGUUUUCGGGAAAGCAUCCACAGCUAGGAGAAUCAUCAGUGAACAGAAACCUUCUCUCGAUCUGAAGGAGGUUGCGAAACUGUUCUAUGAGAAGUACAGCCCCGAAGAAGAGCCUGAGGAGGCUACGAUCCCUAACCCAGUCACUGAGAGUUAGCAUCACGAUGCGGCACUUCCUCUAAAUUAUUGAUCAGAAUUCCAGCGGUGGGAUCGCGGCAUCACAGGAUCUCAUUAUGUGUUCUCGGGUGGCUGAGGCUAUCCGUAUCGGAUCGUCGGCGUGAUCGCAUCUCGGUAUGAAACAGUUUCUACGCCUACAUUGAACAUCGAAAGGCAGUGUAUAGUUAGAUAUUUUUUUUCUCUUUCUACGGGAAGGAACGAACUUUUUUUGCUCGUUUUUAAUAAAUUGUU